AUGAAAAAGUAUUUAAAUAUAGUGUUUGAAUGCUAAAUGGGAAAUCAUUAUUAUGAGAAGCCAUUAAUUCAGCCAAAGGGCACAGAAAAAUUAUAUGAAGUAUCGAGUUGGAAUUCUUAAAGGAAAAAUAACUUUGAAAAGCUUAAGAUAGACUACAAUAACUUACCUAGCAUCAACACUACGCAAGUAAAUAAGACAUCUACAGAGAAUGCAGAAAAUAAAAAUAGUUUCAGAGUCGAAACUGAGAUAUAAAAGGUUGAAGCUGAGCUUAAGAAAGAGCUGAUGAUUCUAUGUAAUAUGAUAUCUUAAGCUAAUUGA